AUGUUGGGUAUUGCUAGGCAACACUAAACACUUGAGAGCAACACACUUCAAAAUGGACGAAUUUCAGUCAACAGAGGAGACUGUGUUCGUUGUUGAUGACAUCACCGCAAUCAUCAAAGAUGCGGUGGAGACCACAAUUGGAAAUAAUGCCUACCAACACAAUCGAAUCAAUCAGUGGACGUCCAGUGUGGUGGAAACAAGCCUCAACCAGCUGACCAAACUCGGGAAACCCUUCAAAUACAUCGUGACCUGCAUCAUACUGCAGAAGAAUGGAGCCGGGCUGCACACUGCCAGUUCCUGUUUCUGGGACAACACAACGGAUGGUAAACAUGGCAGGGGGACUCUUCUAGACAUCUCUUCCUUGACUUCAGUUCUGGAGCUGCACAGUGAAGUGGGAGAACAAGACCAUGUAUUGCAUCGUCAGUGUGUUUGGCCUGGCAAUCUGAGCAGCAGCUCUGCACUCCUCAUGCUCCUCUCUCCUUGGAGCUGUGCAGCACUGCUGUGAUCUCGGUACAAUCCGCACAUACCUUCACAAUUGCUGCAUCUUCCCUGACUAGGCUCUACACCUACCACCAGAAUCUCCCUUUAGCAAACAAAAAAAGUCAUCGGAGUAACCAUUGCAAGUUUUUCUGCAUGGUUUCAGUAAACCAGCUCUGGGGUAAAAAUACAUUAAUCUUUUUGGGGGACGAGGACACUUCCACUGUCCAUACAGGCAAACCGAAUUGCAUUAGCAGCUAAAGUCAGAACGUUCCAAUGGUAACACCCCAUCUGUUUUACCCAUGAGUUAACAAGUGUCUUUUCGAACAAUGACCACAAGGAAAGAGUAAUCUUGUCGUUUUUUGCCUCUCGAUUGGCCCAUAUCUCCUCGUUUUUUGUGAGGUCCUUUUGCACUCAAAAUACAGUAAGACUCCUGUGCAAGGCCUGACCAUGAAUUCACUUUUCCAUUUUACUUAAACUCUCGUCCUCCCCCACAUUUCUGUAAGCUGGUGGCAGCUGACAUUUGUACUUACCUCCUGAGCCAUAGUUCUGUGUGCUUUAAAGAUGCCCACAGCAGCAAUUUGUGUUCAUAUCAAUGUACUAACUUCAGUAGCCACAGCUCACAAAGGAGUGAACAUCAGAAACCACAGCCAGCCCCCGAUAUCCCAUCAUUGCGAUAUGGCAGAAAACAUACUGAGGAAGAACGUACUGAACAGCAACUGUAAUACCACAAAAAACCUUCACCAGCCUGCAGAUUGUAAGGUAAAUGUCUGUAGAUUGACAAUGUGCCAUUUUAUUUAUUUUUAACAGUGAAACUAAUAUGCUGAUGCUGGGGGUGACACUGGCAUCUCAUCCACAGAGGCACUGUUGUCCACACAGAGCCAGAGCAGUACAUGGGGCCAAUGAUCUGACUGGGCAGCUGGAAAACAACAAUUAAAAUAGCUAACAUUGUUCUGACAGCAUUUUAAAUCAUGUAACACUGCUAUAUUACCACAGUAAUACCUGGAGCCUAGUGUGCAUAAACCAAGAUUAAGUGUGUCACAUUUAGGGCUGUUUUCAAAUGAUUUAAAUCAAUAUUCAUGAGUAUUUUUCUAAAUUAUGAGUUUUUAACCCUGACGUUGUGAAAUUAGACAACAGAAUUAUCCACACUGCUAUUUUGUAGAAUAACAAUUUCUCAAUGAGCAGUUAAGAGAAAUAGAAUUGUGCCUUGUUAAAGGAAACCCACCCAUUUACAAAGGAAUGCUUCUGAAAAAAACAAUUCCAGAAAAGAAUAAAGUAUCAAUUAA